AUGGCCUUGAGCGCCUCCUUGAGCAGGUUCUUGUCACAUUUAAAGCUCGCCUCCCUCGUGCCUGCUCCUUCUCCCUACACGGGUCCUACUGGAGGUCUUGCUGAGCGUCGUGAGCUUGCGUCUCGUCCUGCAUCGCCUAUUCGUGCUGCUCGCACUAGUAGUCAUGCUCUGCGUCCGCGUCCUCCUGCGGUCACAAGCACACACCAGAUGGCAACGUUGCUGUCUCCUCUAGCGUCCUCUCUUCCUGUUCUUGCUGACUCGGAGUCUGACUCCCUUCGUGCUGCCAGUCCUACUAUCACGCGUCUCUUAGCUAUUGUUGUCACUGACCCUUCCUUUGAGGCCACUGCUGCGUCUGCCUUGGUUGCUGAGCUUGCCGACUUUGCUGCCACCUGUCGUCUAGACUACGCCGCUAGUCUCGUUGCUAAAUCUAAGUCUGCGAUCGAGGGUCCCUACUCCUCUCAGUGGGAGUCAGCUAUGGACGCAGAGAUGGCUUCCAGGAAGUCCACAGACACCUACAUUUACGAGGUUCCCCCACCUGGGGCGAACAUCGUCACUGGCAUGUGGAUUUUCAGGGUGAAGCGGCCGCCGGGUUCUCCGCCUGUCUUCAAGGCGCGUUACGUGGCUCGAGGCUUCAGUCAGCGAGAGGGAGUUGACUACUUUCAAACCUUCUCUCCCACUCCGAAGAUGACCACUCUUUGGAUGCUGCUGCACAUAGUUGCUCAGUGCGACUACGAGCUUCACUCUCUUGACUUCAGUACAACUUUCUUGCAGAGCAGCCUGCACGAGGAGAUGUGGCUGCGCCACCCACCUGGCUUCACUGGGUCGUUUCCUCCUGGUACCCAGUGGAACCUCCGACAACCAGUCUACGGUCUCCGCCAGGCACCCCGUGAGUGGCACGACACACUGAGGACUACACUUGCGGCUCUUGGGUUUGCUCCUUCUACACCAGACGCGUCACUGUUUCUGCGCACCGACACCUCUUUGCCGCCGCUCUACAUCCUCGUGUACGUCGGUGACUUGGUCUUUGCCACUGCUGACACUGCUGGACUCGCCCACGUGAAGUCCGAGCUACAGAAGAGACACACGUGCACUGACCUGGGUGAAGUGCGCAGCUACCUUGGUUUGCAGAUCACCCGGGACAGAGCACAGCGCACCAUUACUCUAACUCAGUCACACAUCGUGCAGCAGGUCCUUCAGUGCUUCAACUUCACGUACUCCUCGCCUUAG